AAAAAUGUAGUUUUAGAGUUUUCAAUAAAUGUUUAUCCUUUUCGGCGGCGACCUAAAGUGUGUUUUGGAUUUUGGCCUCUCGUGCGAUUGAGUUCGACACUCCUGGUCAAUGGGCAGGCUCGAGGAUGACGUUGUGAAAUGGGCGGUACCGACAAGGAGCGAGAGGCGGAGCCUCAGAGAUCGAGUCGUUUUACUUCAGUGUAUUUAAACGGUCCACAAAAAUGACUCAUAUUUCAUAAAUAAUUUGUUUUUUAGCGUUCCAAAGGUAAUAUAUGAUCAGUAUAUGGGUGUAAGGCUGAAGAAAGUCCUGGUAUGGCCCCUUUAAACACAACGUUCCUCUUUGACUGGUGGUUGUUUCUGUCCUCAGACACUGCAGACGGACAGGCUACCUCAACAGAGCCCCCACCAUUUACAUUACCCAGAACCUUAGACCAAACGUCCUCGCCCGCCGCUCCUCCUGAAAGCCCUUGCUUUGGUCAACCCCACAACUCUGCCCCCGCCGCCAUGGAGCACGCUCCAGAGCAGUGCCAGAUACCACCAGACAUACUUCAGCCUUCAGCUCCAGCAGAGGAUGCUCCUCCUCCUCAUCCUCUGGCGGGCCAAAGUGACCCCAGCGUGCUCCCUUUACCCCCUACAGCUUCAAGCGUCGUCGCUACUGAACUGAAACCUGAGGAGGCGGACUCUGAAGCAAAGGAGGCUUCCACCGUUCAGCCCAUGGACGUCUCUGACUGUCCUGAAGCUCCCAACCCUCCCGACGACGAGAAGGGCACGCCCGAUGACGAUCGCUGCUCCAGCUCUGAGAGCGUCCCUUCGCUGGCGGCCGCUCUGAUGGAGCUCCACGAGCUGCUGGUUUCCAACAGCCGCGCUCAGUCCCAGGACAGCAGCAUGUCCUGCUCCCCGCCGUGCUCGCUCAAAGCGUCCCCGACGCCCGAAAACGCCCAGCCCACCCACUGCACUGCCGUCACACCUGAGGAAGAACCAAGUGAUGCCAAAGCCAACGAUCCUGCUGCUGCUGCUGAGUGUCGUGUGUUUGAGAAUACUCUGGUCGAGGGUCCAACAGGAACCGGAGACGGCUCCAGCAGAAGCAUUUCUGAUCCCGCCGGAAUCCCCGAGGUCCGGGAACCGCCAGAGGGGCAGCACGAGAGAGGGGUUGCAGACGGACAAGCCUCCGCCCCAAACACCCAGGACUCUCCGGACACGGACUCCACUCCGCUCGUCCUCGAGGUCCCGCAGGACGGAGUCUCCGGCAUCUCCGGCGUCUCCGCCUCUGCGCCCUCCCUCCCUCUGCCCGCCCGGCCUUCGUCUCCAGCUCCUCCCUCUCCUCAUCCCUUUACAGAGCAUUUUCCAGCGGAGCACAUCGAGAGGAUCCAGGCUGCGGGCUUCUCCGCCUCCGAGGCCGUGGAGGCGCUGGAGCGGGCGCACGGCGUGGUGGAGCUGGCUCUGCUGGCUCUGCUGGCCCGCAGCAUCACUGUGCCCACGUAGACUGGGAGUCGGUCCGGAGAGAUCAGCCCGUCUUAUACUUGACGCUGGUUCCCUUUGUUUUUUUAGGUUUCUCGUCUGAGGGAGCAUGUGAAGACAGUCAUGUGCGGCGUGUUUGCAUGCAGAUGUUUAGGUGUCAGGAUUCUGGGAAAAAACGUUUUUUUUGCCCCAUUUUGAUCUAUAACACAUUAGGAGAAGAUGCUGAAUCUCAUCCGAUCCUGUUUUAUAACCAUAAAGCCCCUCAUUCUGGAAUUCUUACGGCUAUAAUUCGACUUUUUUGGAAUUUUUAUCAUGUUCAAUUUUGCCUAUUACUAUAUUUGUUUCAACAUUUUUAAAAUCAAACCCCAAAGAUUAAUAAAAAUGCAGUUUUUUCAACUUGAACGUGUCUUAAGUGAAGCGGCUGUCCAUAAAAUUCCCACUUUGAUCCCAGACCGCGAGAACACACUCGUGUAACAGAAAGUGUCUUUGCUGUAGGUGUGCGUCUGCAGGUUGAAAGGACCGGUAUGUUUAGAUUCAGAGGCAGUUCGUAGCUCCUGUUCAGAAGCUUUUAUUUUGUGACAAAUCAUCAGUGUUUAAAAAAAAUCUUUUUUUUAUUUUGAAUGAGGCCUUUCACGGCUUUUUUUUUUUUUCUCUAGUGAUACAUAUAAUUGAACAUUUGAAAGGCUUUGGGUCACACACAAUGUUCACAGAUUUAAUUAUUUACUUAUAUCUUGUAUGAAAUUUUAAUAAAUUACAAAUGAAAUUAAACCAGUAUUUGUAUAACUUGUUUGAGUUGGAGGCGUUUUUUCCUAAACUUGUUCUUGAUCUUCCUUAAGUUUUAAUGCACUCCUAGGUUAGGAAUAAUGUUUUUAUGAGUUUUUCUGCUUUGAUCUGAAUUUUAAUCAAAUACAUAAAAGUUUUAUUUAGUGUUACUAAUAAUGAAUGAGAAGAAACACUAUUUUCAUAAGUUUGAUAUUUACUAACCCCCAUAAUUAAGACAAUAAGAAAAAUUAUUGCAUUAAUUAUGAUUAAUUAAUUACAGACAUUUUUCUGCGUUAUUUAUGUUUAAUCGCGUUAAUCUAGUUUUUGCCUCAGAUUCUGUGUUGUGCAAACUCUAGGAGCAUUUUAAUCCGCUAAUCAUUUCAGAAAAAUAAAAAUAUUGAACAAUUUAUUAGAACUUCAGUUCUGUUUUAUGUUUAAGUUUUUUUUUUAAAGUGGACUGUUUAAUAUGCAAUGUCGUGUUGCCGUGGUAACAGCUUCAAUGCGAGGCGCAUCAACCGCGCCCCUCUCCUUUUUGAGAACGAUGAUUGUCAUGAGUAGUUAAAAAAAA